AUGGCAGAAUCUGAGGAGAUUCAACCACUUGUUGUGGAUAACGGAACCGGAAUGGUCAAGGCUGGUUUUGCUGGUGACGAUGCUCCCAGAGCAGUCUUCCCGAGCAAAAUAGGUCGUCCUAGGGAUGCUGGUGUUAUAGUUGGAAUGGAACAAAAAGAUGUCUACAUUGGCGACGAGGCUCAUUCCAAAAGAGGUAUACUUACCUUGAAGUAUCCAAUUGAACAUGGUAUUGUUAGUGACUGGGAUGACAUGGAGAAGAUUUUGCAUCACACUUUCUACAAUGAGCUUCGUGUUGCUCCUGAGGAACACCCUAUGCUUCUUACCGAAGCUCCUCACAACCCUAAAGCCAACAGAGAGAGGAUUACUCGGAUCAUGUUUGAGGCUUUUCAUGUCCGUGGUAUUGUGUUGGAUUCUGGUGAUGGAGUGAGUCACACAGCUCCUAUUUACGAAGGCUAUGCGCUUCCUCAUGCUAUCAAUAGGCUUGACUUAGCUGGACGCGAUCUUAGCGAUGCUUUGAGGAAUAUCUUAACAGAGAGAGAGGAGCAGGAGGUUGAGACAGCCAAAUCGAGCUCUGCAAUCGAGAAGACCUAUGAGCUUCCUGAUGGUCAGUGGUGGCUCGACCGUGUUCCAGGAAUUGCUGAUCGUAGGAGUAAAGAGAUCACGGCGUUGGCACCAAUCAACAUGAAGAUUAAGGUGGUCGCACCACCUGAGAGGAAGUAUAGUGUAUGGAUUGGAGGUUCCAUCUUGGCUUCUCUUAGCACAUUCCAACAUGUAUCAUGUGGAUAUCAAAGGCAGAAUAUGAGGAAUCAGGACCAGCCAUUGUUCACAGGAAGUGCUCCUAGACCACCUAUUGGGGUUUGUGGUUUUCGGCUUGUUGAUUGA